AGACGCGGAUGCGAAGAGGGACGAAAACAGACACCUCAACCAGUUUAUAGUGCACGCUGGGCUGGACAUCGUGGAGGAGGCCGUAUGGACCACAGCCAAUCUCAACCUGAGGGUUGUAGAUAAGUUCAAUGAAUGGUUCACCUCUGCGUUUGUAACGGCCGGCGGAACCAAGUUUAUGCUGCUGCACGACACCCGCGACGAUGAUAACAUAAAGAACUUCUUCACGGAUGUGUACGAGUUAUACGUUAAG